UCGAAAACCAAGUCCAAACAACGAUUAGGUGUAUCAUCGACAAAAGAUUGAGGGCAAUGGAAGCAGGGGAGACUAGUAAAAAUGACUUAUUAGGCAUAUUACUUGAAUCCAAUAUGAAAGAAAUUGAACAACACGGAAGCAAAGAUUUCGGAAUGACAACAACUGAAGUCAUUGAAGAAUGCAAGUUUUUCUAUUUUGCAGGACAAGAAACCACUGCAGUAUUGCUCGUCUGGACAAUGAUUUUGUUGUGCUUACAUCCAGAGUGGCAAGCACGUGCCAGAGAGGAGGCUUUGCAGGUGUUCGGAAAUGAAAAACCAAAUUUGGAAGGACUAAGUCGCCUCAAAAUUGUGACAAUGAUCUUGCACGAGACGUUAAGGCUAUUCCCCCCAGUACCAACAUAUCGUAGAAGGAACAAACAUGAAUUCAAAUUAGGGGAGCUUAGUCUACCAGCUGGAGUGCUACUCGUUAUACCCGCAAUAUUAAUUCAUUAUGACAAGGAAUUAUGGGGUGAAGACGCAAAGGAAUUCAAACCAGAAAGAUUCAGUGAAGGAGUGUCAAAGGCAACAAAAGGACACGCCUCGUUUAUUCCAUUUACCGGGGGACCUCGAGUUUGCAUCGGACAAAACUUUGCAGUGAUGGAAGCAAAACUGACAAUAGCAAUGAUACUACAAAAAUUCUCCUUCGAACUCUCUCCCUCUUAUACUCAUGCUCCAUUUGCAACAAUUACUAUUCAUCCACAGUACGGUGCUCCUCUGCUUAUGCGCAAACUUUGAAAUGUAUGUUGCUCAUAUUUAAGAUCA